AUGCCAAGAUUCCUGAACUUGAAAAGAAAUUUGCUGAGAGUCAAGGAAUUAGAGCAAAAGAAUAUAGAGCUUAAGACUAGACUCGCUAUAUUAGAACAGGGAAAAGAAGAAAAAAGUAUUUAUACAGAAGAUGUUUUGUACUCUUCAGUAAAAUCUAACAAUACCCAUAAGCAACUAAACUCACAAUGUGAUGAUACUACUGUAUCAGAUAUAAUUAAUGAAACUUCAAAUUCUAAUGUAUUUCAAGGAGAGAUGAAGUCUAUAGUUUCUAAUACACCUUUAACCCGAUGCUCUGAAUCACCUAUUCAUAUAAAACCCAUAACAUCAAUUCACACAGAAACUAAAUUACCAGAAGAUAAAGAGAUCGAUAAUUUCUUGAAUUCAAAAUAUAAGGAAAAGAAAAAUUUUUCAAACUCUAUAUCUGAUAAACAAAUUCUUGGACAUAUCAGCUUCACUGAAAAUAUGUUAGAUGAAGCUGAUCUAACUCUGGCUUCUGUAUCACAUCUAGCUCAUUUAUUUGAUAAG